AUGUUGAGAAAUUUCUUUGCUCAAAGUCUGUGUGUUAAAUAUUUAUCUUCGCAUGCUACGAAUUUGUCUUAAAUAGUGCAUUAAAAGCUUUAUGGGUGAAACGUCUGAGAACUCAGAAUCCAGUGGGCCUAGACAAAUUGUUCCAAACACUUUAUGUCGAGAAGGUCUAAUCGUACUCAUAAAUAUACAGGUACUGGUCUGAAACAUUUAUUACAAAAAAUUCAAAAAACAAAAAUAUAGCGAAGAAGGAUAAAGACCAUGUACAACAAUAUUAAGGGCCUACACAUAAAUGAAUACCAGAGGGAGAAUGGAGAUAAUACCAGAAAGCUGGCGUGUGAAGGUACAGUGAAGCUAAACGCCAAUGCCCAAGAAUUUGUGCCACGUUACAAGAGGGAACAACCAGCAAAAGAUGAUGCUAUAGUUGGUAACAGUAACAUGAGCAACACCAAUAACGACGACCAAAAACCAAAAUCUAACCUUAUGUUGCCGUGGAAAGGAUUUCCGAAUAAAUCUCAAAAACCUUCUCGCAAUGUGGACUACAUAGUUCUACCGAGCACCAAAAGAUUUAAAAAGCCCAUUGGCCAACAACUCGUGGAAAAUGUUUCCACUACGCCCUCAAAAGUCCAUUUAAAUGAUCCUGUUCCAGCUGGAAAUCGCAUUGAUCACGAGGAAAGGCGCCGCGAACACGAUAGAAAAAUCGCUGUGGAAGCCUUAAAGUUGGCCGAACAGCGUAGAAUGAGGGAUCCUGUCAUUGCCCCCACGGAGGGCAAUGAAAACUCAAAGAACGUGCCGCCAAUUAUAAAUAUCUCACGAUCUCCAAUAAAGUUCACGCCAAAUGAAAGGAUCAGAGUGGACCGUUUAAGGGCAGCGAAGAGAGAGCGUAUCGAGCGUAUCCUUCGCGAAAUGACAAACAGCAAGCAGUCGCAAGUGAAGAAAGAGCAGCUCAAGGAGGAGAAGAUUUGUUUUGAUAAUGCACCCAAUGAAUCUAAUAAGCCUAAUGAACCUGCUAAACCUAUGCCUCAGCAUCCGGAGAAGACAAAUGAAGUGCCCAUAGUUACCAAAAAGAGGUACAUACCAACCACCAAGGAAUGGGACGAGCGAUGUCGUGCCAAACAUUUGGCUAAGAUGGAAGCUGAAAAGAAAAAUCAGAUGGGUGUUCAGGAUGCGAACCCUUCGCAAUCUGCUGUGCCACCAAAACCAUUGGUGACCUCCAAUGUGGUGAACAUAUCUCCGUCGGGAGUUAUUCGUCUGUGCGAUCGCUUUAGUCCACCUGCUAAACAAUGCGAUACGGAGAAGCGCAGGGGAAAUCUCACACACUUCCGACCCCUUCAAAACUGGACAAUCCGUCGAAAUCCGCCGGUACCAUUGAACAACCUGUGCAAUAAAAAUGGAAAGAUCGUGCAGCGCUAUAGCAUCGACCAACUGCUGGUUUUGGAGCCUCAACCUGAAGAACUGAAAGUGCCUCAAUUGGAUAAGGCCCUGUUAGGCUUGGGAUUUCUGUACGAUUCAUUUGAGGGCUCUCCAUAAAUGUAUUCGAAUUUAAUCUGAACUUAUUGAUUAAAAAACAUUUUAUCAUUUUCCAAUCACUUCCCUUGAAUGUCUGAAAUAAAGAAAAGACUGCAAUGCGUAUUUCAAGUUUGCAAAGCUAACUUUUGGU